AUGGUCUCCCCGGUCGCCACUUUGACGACUCGUCUGUACGGAACACGCACUACUCUACUGAUCGGGAUUUUCUUCGAGACUGCAUCUUUCAUUGCGGCCUCAUUUGCCACGAAGAUUUGGCAUCUCUUUCUAGCCCAGGGCAUCUGCUUCGGCUGGGGAAUGGGCUUUCUAUUCGUUGGCAGCGUAGUCAUAGCGCCGCAGUGGUUCACGACGCGCCGAAGUCUUGCGAACGGAUUCGCAGCCGCUGGGUCCGGACUCGGAGGACUCGUGUACUCCUUGUCUACACAAGCGAUGAUAAAGAGCAUCGGGCUCCCGUGGGCUUUCCGCACACUGGGUAUCAUUGCUUGCGUCGUCAAUACCACCUGUUCACUCCUUGUCAGAGAUCGCAACAAGCAAAUCGGAAGCACGCAGCUAUCCUUCGACUACCGCCUGUUCAAGAGACCGCAGUUCCUGGGGCUUCUGGCGUUCGGCUUCCUCUCCAUGCUGGGCUAUGUCGUACUGCUCUUCUCUCUACCAAACUAUGCGAGGACGGUAGGGAUGACAGCCUCUCAGGGCUCCAUCAUCGGCGCCGUGCUGAACCUCGGUCAAGCAAUGGGCCGCCCUCCCAUCGGUUACUUCAGCGACUCCCUCGGCCGACUGAACAUGGCAGCUUCCAUGACCGCCUUAUGCGGCAUCUUCUGCCUCCUCAUAUGGAUAUUCGCCAAGAGUUUUGGCGUCUUGAUUUUCUUCGCCAUCAUCGGUGGUGCUGUUGCGGGCACUUACUGGGCGGUCGUCGCACCCAUCACCACGGAAGUCAUGGGGAUUGUCGACCUGUCCAGUGCGCUUUCAAUUACGUGGUUGGUAUUGGCGCUGCCGACGACGUUUUCCGAACCGAUUGGGUUAGAAAUCGUUGCUUUCAAUGGCGGCAACUACACCGGGGCGAUCCUGUUCACGGGUUUUAUGUAUUUGGGAGCCGCGUGUAUUUUGUGGCUUGUACGGGCUUGGAAGAUUGGGGAACAAGAAGAGAUAGAGGCAAAAGUUCGCGCGGACGGCAUUGUUGAGGGUGAAGGGAGUGGUGCUCAGACAGACGGAGAGACGUCAGGGAUUUCUACCAAGUCGCCCUUUUUGAGAAGGAUGAUCAUGUGGCGGAAGGUGUAG